UUUCGUCCAUUCCCAUUUCAGCCCAACGCACAUACCUACACAACUUACGAACUACAACGCGAAGACUUCCUUACGCACCCCCACGCACGCGCUGCGCUUCUCAGAGGCGGUAUUCUGUGGCGGUUAUGCAAAACGUCUUUUGAAGGACGUCUAGGCCUCGUCAACGGGCCGUCCUCAGAUGUGUGGGUUUUCGGAGAGGCCAGGCUGUUUUCCCCGACUACCAAAGACGAAGCAUCAACCUGGGCCUGGGACGAUGCCCUCACUCGUGAUGAAGUGGACUUGAUCUGUGGUGUAUAUCACGUUGGAGUUAGUGGACGACACCAUUGGGAAACGCUGUACUGGUGGCCACGGCCCAGUGAAUUCAAUAACAGCAACCUGUGGACGGGCUACUGGAAUGCUUCAUGCGAGUUCUGGUUCCAGCAGCGGCUUAAAUCAAUUCGCUGUGGAGAAGCUAAACCGUUUACAGUAUCGGAUUGGAAGAAGGAGUUGAAGUGCUCUCGCCGCAAGACAAAGAAACUCUGGGACCUCACGGAGAACGCGAGCGCUCGAUUCAUUGAUAAGGUGCUU